CGCUCAUUUCAGUUCGAGUGCUUGGAGACUUCACUUCGCGUUUGGAGGAUCAGAUCCACGUUGGUUUUUGGCUUUUGGCUUCAAUUACCCACAACUGUCAUCGUCAGCUCAGCGACUUGCUAACCCAACUAAACAACAAGAUAAUCACACUCCCGCGCUCCCCUCCCUCUCUCUCGGUCGUGCUUGUGCGUCCCGCGAUUAAAGAAAGAAAGAAUUGAAAGCACCAGGAAAACGGCAGCGUUUUCCUCUCGCAGCUGAGAAAAACCGCAGGACGCAGCUCAGCAGCGUCGUCGUGUGCGUUGUGCCCAAGAAAAAAGAAAGAAAAAUCUUGAAACGUAAAAAUCCUGUAAUAUCGCAGAAAAACCGUAAAGCGCCACAGUUAACGAAGGAAAACGAGGAAAACAACCAUUUUGUGAUAUAUUAUUUGCCCUCCUCCUUCUGCAACGAUCCCUGUGCAAUUCUCUGUAAAAGAAAAAUUAAAAUAAUUACUAGCAACCAAUUGAAUUUCUGCGAGACCAACAUAACACACAAAAAUUUCCAACAACUGUGAUCCGAACAAAGCUCUAAGUUUUUGUUUCAAGCCUGUGUAAUUUCCACCCGAAACGAAUUGGAAAAAACUCGUACUCCGAAUUAUUUGCGGCAGUCACGAAGAAAAACACAAGCGCAGCCUUAAUAAUUGGACAAACUGAUUAAACAACAGUUAAAACAAGACCCGCAAAAACAAACGGCGGAUCAACAGUUGCCAGUUGCGAGUCGCAAGUUGUAAGUUGCCAGUUGCAAGUUGCACGUUGCCAAUUUGAAAUUGCACGCUUCCACGACUGAGAGCAGGAAGGAAAGGAGUCGCUGCCGCAGCAGGAAGCAGACGAAACUUCGCUGGGCGAAAGUAAAAGCAGCUGGGCAAAUCAAGCCAGUCAAACAAACAAAGAAACCGAUCGCACACACACACAAAGGCUCUCUAGCCAGCCAUGGAACGUGAAUCCAACCCAAUGCAACCCAUGUGCCGCUCCGGUUGCGGCUUCUAUGGUAAUCCAGCCACAGAUGGUCUCUGCUCCGUAUGCUAUAAGGACUCGCUUAGAAAAAAGCAACAGCCACCUGUGAGCAGCACACCUGUCUCCGUUCCAAGCCCACAACCUAGCCCCACAUUCAGUCCGGCCAUCGCAAUCACCAACACCGCACAGCCCACAGUCACCAGUUUACAACAGCCACACAACGAUGUCAAAGAGAAAAUCACCGAAGAAGCCGCCGCUGCUGCCAAAGUCAACAGCGAAGCCAUCACAUCGGCGACUGGUCCAAACACUUCCACACAAGCAGCCGCCUCCGCCAACGAGGAGGAUGAUAAGGACAAGGAAGACGACAAGGAUGCCAAAAAGAAGAAGAACCGAUGUGGCGAGUGCCGCAAGAAGGUUGGACUGACCGGUUUCCAGUGUCGCUGCGGCGGUCUGUACUGCGCCGUGCAUCGUUAUUCUGAUAAACAUAACUGCACAUUCGAUUACAGAGAGCACGGCGCACAGGAAAUCCGACGCAACAACCCGGUUGUCGUUGGCGAGAAGAUUCAAAAGAUUUGAAUUUCGAUAUUGUGCCAG